CUAGCCGGGAAACCCAGGAGAACGGGGAAGAAAGAAGUCGGGAAACGGAAAUAAUUGCAUUUGAAGGAAAAAUAAUAGGCCUAUCUACUGUGAUUUGGAAAUAGCUAGUGCUGUUCAAACGGGAUCCUACUCUGCCCCCAAGCGUUGGGUUUCCAGAACAAGGACAGAAGAUGCUGCUGAAGUCACUAGUAUCCCUUAUUCUUAUCCUUGGGGUGGCAGUUGCCGUCCCGGCUAAAGAGAAGCGUGUACAUCGACAUGGUGACCUGAGUGACCACGCCCAUGACGACACCACAGGUUUCCAGUACGACCACGAAGCCUUCCUGGGCAAAGAGGAAGCCAAGACAUUCGACCAGCUGACCCCUGAGGAAAGCAAAGAGAAACUUGGGAAGAUUGUGGAUCUCAUAGACACGGACAAGGACGGUUUUGUGAGCCACGCCGAGCUGCACCAGUGGAUCAAACACAGGCAGAGGAGGUACAUCGAGGAGAAUGUGAUGAAGCACUGGAAAGAGUAUGACCAGAACAAGGAUGGGAAGAUCGGCUGGGAGGAGUACAAGAACACUACCUACGGCUACUACCUGGACGAGGAGUUUGAUGACGUCGAAGACAAAUCUAGCUACAAGGCCAUGCUGACCAGAGACGAGAGGCGCUUCAGGUCAGCUGACCGUGAUGGAGACGGCGUAGCCACCAAAGAUGAGUUCACCGCCUUCCUUCACCCUGAGGAGUACGACCACAUGAAGGCUGUCGUUAUACAGGAAACCGUAGAAGAUAUUGACAAGAACAGGGAUGGAAAGAUCAGCAUGGAUGAAUACAUUGGGGAUAUGUUCACACCUGAGAAAGGAGAGAGUGAACCAGACUGGGUGCUGACAGAGAAAAAACACUUCUCAGAGUUUAGGGACCUGAACAAGGAUGGUUUCCUGGAUAAUCACGAGGUGGCUGAGUGGAUCCUGCCUGGAGAGAUUGACCACACUGACAACGAAGCCAAGCACCUCAUCCACGAAACAGACACAGACAAGGAUGGCCGUCUCUCUCGAUCAGAGGUAAUGGACAAGCUGGAAUUUCUGAAGACCAGCACGCUGACUGACUAUGGAGGCAUGAGGGUGGAUGAGGUUCAUGAUGAACUCUGACCUUUUGCAAAUGUCAUCUCCAUGUAUCUAACCCAGGGAGAAUUAAACCCAUAUUGUUCUUGUAACAUAUGAAACACACAUUGAAUCUAUGUGAAAGUUCUUUAUUUUGUUU